AGAAGCAUGUGGCAGAACUGAAGGCGAAGAAUGCAGCCCUGGAGGCCAGAGUGACAGCUGGUGAGAGACAGGUGGAGGAGCUGGAGAAAGAGAAUGCAGACCAAGUAGCUGAACUGUUAUCCUUGGGAAGCAGAGUGACAACCCUUCAGAGCCAGGUGGCAGAACUGAAGAAAGAGAAUGCAGCCCAUGCAGUAGAACUGUCAGACUUGAAGAACAGAUUGACAACCAGUGAGAGUCAGGUAGCUGAACUGAAGAAAGUAAAUGCAGCUCUGGACACCAGAUUGACAGCCAGCGAAAGGCAGGUGGCAGAACUGAAGAAAGCGAAUGCAGCCCUGGAGGCCAGAGUGACAGUCAGUGAGAGUCAUGUGGCAGAACUGGAGAAAAAUAAUGCAGGUAAUGAUGAUAAGCAAUUAGCUAUGACAAAUAUUUAGUCAAAUAAGUCACUGGAAACAUGAACAUUUCUGGAAAUUCACUUGUGUUAACCUUGAGGACCAGAGUGACAGCCAAUGAGAGCACGCUGGAGGAACUGAAGAAAGAGAAUGCAGGCCAAGCAGCAGAACUGUCAGACUUGAAGAACAGAGUGACAACCAGUGAGAGCCAGGUGGCAGACUUGAAGAACAGAGUGACAACCAGUGAGAGCCAGGUGGCAGAGUUGAAGAACAGAGUGACAACCAGUGAGAGCCAGGUGGCAGACUUGAAGAACAGAGUGACAACCAGUGAGAGCCAGGUGGCAGAGUUGAAGAACAGAGUGACAACCAGUGAGAGCCAGGUGGCAGACUUGAAGAACAGAUUGACAACCAGUGAGAGCCAGGUGGCAGAGUUGAAGAACAGAGUGACAACCAGUGAGAGCCAGGUGGCAGACUUGAAGAACAGAGUGACAACCAGUGAGAGCCAGGUGGCAGAGUUGAAGAACAGAGUGACAACCAGUGAGAGCCAGGUGGCAGACUUGAAGAACAGAGUGACAACCAGUGAGAGCCAGGUGGCAGACUUGAAGAACAGAGUGACAACCAGUGAGAGCCAGGUGGCAGAGUUGAAGAACAGAUUGACAACCAGUGAGAGCCAGGUGGCAGAGUUGAAGAACAGAUUGACAACCAGUGAGAGCCAGGUGGCAGAGUUGAAGAACAGAGUGACAACCAGUGAGAGCCAGGUGGCAGAGUUGAAGAAAGAGAAUGCAGCCCUGGAGGCAAGAUUGAGUGUCGCUGAGAGCCAGGUGGAGGAACUGAGGCUAGACAGAAGACAGGUGGCCUUUUCUGUUGGUUUGACGGACUCAGGAUAUGUGGGACCCUUUCAAACUGAGAUCACUCUGGUCUAUGAAAAAAUCUUCACCAACAUUGGCAACGGUUACGACACCAACUCUGGUAUGUUCUCAGCACCAGUGAGAGGAGUCUACUACUUCACAUUCACCUCCAUGGGCCGAGAGCCUGGACAGAAAAUGGGUGUUUACUUGGUCAAAAAUGGAGAGCAAAUGAUAUACAACGUCCAGGACAACUUCCAUGGUGGUUAUGAGUACAUGACAGGCGCCGUGGCUCUGGAGCUAGAGAAAGAUGACCUGGUGUACUUAAGGCUUCCUAAGGGCUGGGGGCUGUAUGAUGACAACUACAACCACAUUGUCUUUACUGGGAUCCUGCUCUUCACCACCAACCCUGCUAUGGGCCGACUCCACUAGUCCCUCUCCGUCCUCCUACAGUCUUCAAUAAACAUGGAAUGAGUGA